CUCCUCCAAGUUUCGCAGAUUCUGAGGCCGAAGCCCUUCUCUGGGAGGAGUCUAGAGGGCUCACGUUCUGGCUUCAGAGUCCCGCGGCUGGGGCCUGCAGUCUUGGACUCAACGCAGGAGUCUGGAAUUUGAAAGGGGUUUGGGCGGUUGCUGCUGCUGGUUCCAAAACUGACCACUUGUCCUGUUGGCGCUCAAAGCUCAAAUUUGGAAUCGAGUGAUUUUUCUGACACUUGAACACGACACCCAAGGGUUUUUGCACAGAAACCUGGUCUCAGAGGAGCUGUACUGGCGAUCAAAAUGAGUCCCGCAGAUGCACUAGAUGAUGAAAAUACAUUUAAAAUCUUAGUUGCAACUGAUAUUCAUCUUGGAUUUAUGGAGAAAGAUGCAGUGAGAGGAAAUGAUACAUUUGUCACAUUUGAUGAAAUUUUAAGACUUGCCCAGGAAAAUGAAGUGGAUUUCAUUUUGUUAGGUGGUGAUCUUUUCCAUGAAAAUAAGCCCUCGAGAAAAACAUUACAUACUUGUCUAGAGUUACUUAGAAAAUAUUGUAUGGGUGAUCGUCCAGUACAGUUUGAAAUUAUCAGCGAUCAGUCAGUCAACUUUGGUUUUAGUAAGUUUCCAUGGGUGAACUACCAAGAUGGCAAUCUCAACAUUUCUAUUCCAGUGUUUAGUAUUCAUGGCAAUCAUGAUGAUCCCACUGGGGCAGAUGCACUGUGUGCCCUGGAUAUUUUAAGUUGUGCUGGAUUUAUAAAUCACUUUGGACGUUCAAUGUCAGUUGAGAAGAUAGAUAUUAGUCCAGUUUUGCUUCAAAAAGGAAGCACAAAAGUUGCUCUCUAUGGUUUAGGGUCCAUUCCAGAUGAAAGGCUCUAUCGAAUGUUUGUCAAUAAAAAAGUAACAAUGUUGAGACCAAAAGAAGAUGAGAACUCUUGGUUUAACUUAUUUGUGAUUCAUCAGAACAGGAGUAAACAUGGAAAUACUAACUUCAUUCCAGAACACUUUUUGGACGACUUUAUUGAUCUUGUUAUCUGGGGCCAUGAGCAUGAGUGUAAAAUAGCUCCAACCAAAAAUGAACAACAACUUUUUUACGUAUCACAGCCUGGGAGCUCAGUGGUUACUUCUCUUUCCCCAGGAGAAGCUGUGAAGAAACAUGUUGGCUUGCUGCGUAUUAAAGGGAGGAAAAUGAAUAUGCACAAAAUUCCUCUUCAAACAGUGAGACAGUUUUUUAUGGAAGAUGUUGUUCUGGCUAGUCAUCCAAAAAUUUUUAACCCAGAUAAUCCCAAAGUAACCCAAGUCAUCCAGAGCUUCUGUGUGGAGAAGAUUGAAGAAAUGCUUGAAAAUGCUGAACGAGAACGUUUGGGAAAUUCUCGACAGCCAGAGAAGCCUCUUAUACGACUGAGAGUAGACUACAGUGGGGGCUUUGAACCUUUCAACAUUCAUCGUUUCAGCCAGAAAUUCGUGGAUCGGGUAGCUAAUCCAAAAGACAUUAUCCAUUUUUUCAGGCAUAGAGAACUAAAGGAAAAGAAAGGAGAAGAAAUUAACUUUGGGAAGCUUUUCACAAAACCUUCAGAAGGAGCAACUCUCAGGGUAGAGGACCUUGUAAAACAAUAUUUUCAAACUGCAGAGAAGAAUGUUCAGCUCUCACUGCUAACAGAAAGAGGGAUGGGUGAGGCAGUACAAGAAUUUGUAGACAAAGAAGAGAAAGAUGCCAUUGAGGAAUUAGUGAAAUACCAGUUGGAAAAAACACAGAGAUUUCUUAAAGAACGUCAUAUUGAUGCCUUGGAAGAUAAAAUCGAUGAAGAGGUACGCCGUUUCAGAGAAAGCAGACAAAAAAAUAUCAAUGAAGAAGAUGAUGAAGUUCGAGAGGCUAUGACCAGAGCCCGAGCACUCAGAGCCCAGUCGGAGGACUCUGCUUCUGCCUUCAGUGCUGAUGACCUCAUGGGCAUGGAUCUUGCUGAACAAAUGGCAGAUGACUCUGAUGACAGCAUCUCGGCAGGACCCAGCAGAGGGAGAGGCCGAGGCCGAGGCCGAGGUCGAGGGCAAAGAGGAGGCCGAGGACAAAGCUCCGUCUCCCGAGGAGGGUCUCAGAGAGGCAGAGCAGGCACUGAUGUGAAUACUUCUACUCGAAGCAGGAGCUCAAGGACCACUGGGUCAACAUGCAGAAAUAUGUCUAUCUUAGAUGCUUUUAAAUCUUCAAGACAACAGCCCUCCCGCAAUGUUGCUACUAAGAAUUAUUCAGAGACGAUUGAGGUAGAUGAAUCAGAUGAGGAAGAAGACCUUUUUCCUACCCCUUCAAAGACAGAUCAAAGGUGGUCAAGUACAUCGUCCAGCAAGCACACGCCCCAGAGCCAAAUAGCUAAGGGGGUUGAUUUUGAAUCAGAAGAGGACGACGAUGAUGAUCCUUUCAUGAACACUAAUUCUUUAAGAAUAAAUAGAAGAUAAUGUGUUACAUGAAACUUCCAAAUUUCUAAGAUACAGGAAAAACUGGAGCAUUUUUGCAAGAUGAGUUUACAGUUGAGGAUUUUUUAACUAUUGCUCUUAACUGAAGAAUCUGAAGAAGAGUUAUUUAACAGAAGCUAAUGUAUAAAGGUUUAUGUUUUAAGUAUUAUUUCCUGGGGCCUGGGGAUUUAGCUCAGCGGCAUAGGCACCUGCUUGCAAGCGCAUGGUCAUGAGUUCAAUCCCUAGUACCCCUCAAAAAAGUAUUAUUUCCUGAACAUCACUCACAUGACUCUAUUAAGUUAAUUUACCUGUUUUAAUGAUAUAAACAUAGUAUUGAUUCUCUUUAUUUUUUAAUCUGGUUAUUAUUAUCUGAGGAUUUAAAAUAUUUUUCUGACAAAUAUAUUUCACUCAGUAAGAAUUUUUUUGAAGACUGUCCUUGAUUAGAAAGUAAAAUAAAUCCAUUGUAAUCCAUUUCUACUUCAUGAUAAAAGACUGUGUUAUUAUCUCAGUGUUGCAUUAGCCAAACUUGAAGAAGGAAAGACCUUAUAAAAUUUAACCUUGCUGGGUGUGGUGGUAGCACAUGCUUGUAAUUCCAGCACUCUAGAGGCUAGGGCAGGAGCUCAUGUGUUUGAAACCACCCUGAGCUACAUUGUCAGACUGUCUCAAAAACAAAAUUAACCCCUUCAUAGUUUUGAUAAUUUUCUAGAGAUUCUGAAUUUCUUGAAAGUAAAAAGUAAAAUUUUCUAGGUGAGCCCACCGAAGCUCUCUGCCUACAGCACCCCAGCUUGGUCUGAGCUGUGGGGAACAUCUGCUGGUGGCUGUUGCUAGCAUGUUCCUGGGUGAGUGUAACAGUGAAGGCACGGUCACUGAAGUACCCUUACGGCUUCCUGGGAAAAAGGAGUGAGGCCUUUUCUCUUUAAAAAGUCUCUGUAGGAUGUGAGAAGAUCUGAACAUGAUGCAGUGAACUGCUGAGGAAAGCAAUUUCAUGCAGCUAUAGUGGAAUGAAUCUCUACAACUAAUUCCUUUUAUGAAUAGUUUGUGUGCGUCAAGCCCUAGAAAUAUGGUGAAUAAAAUGGGAAAAGCCUUCUUGGUUGAAUAUUGUUGCAUAGUUCAUUGUGACACAUCUUGAUUUUCUCUACUGAGGCAUCAAAAUCUGUUGUUUGUUUUUAUGUGACAAAGUUUAGAGCUGUUGAUAUCGGUGUGUAGAAGUCUUUCAGAUGAUUCCUGAGCACUUAUGAUUGCUUUUGAAGCCGUGAGAAAAAAAUGAUGAAAAUGUACUGAGGAAAACAUUUGUAAGGAAUUCUCCCAUGUUUACCAAAGAAUAAAUCUCUUCCUAGUGUCUUGUUCCCUAUUAUGCACAUGCAAUUCUAGGCAGCCGUAGGAAGUAAGACCGCUUAGAAAAGCCGGGCACCUGCGCAGAUGACCUUUAAUUCAGAGACAUGUAAAACAUUGUUUUCAUAAGAUUGUGAACUUACUACGAGAGGUCAUGCAGCUUAACAGAUAAUUAGAAAGUGAGUGUACAUAGAACUAUUGUGUGAGUCAGAAUCUGGACUAUCACUGGCGCCCUGGAGCCUGGGGAGUGGGUGAGCGUCCCGACUUCUGUCCCUCAGCUGCUUAGACUGCCACAAGGUGGUGCUUCCGCCUAUAAGUACUGUUACAGGAAUUCAGCUGCAGUUUUGAAAUGAAGAAGUUAAGCGUAUAUAGCGUAGCAGUAAAUUUAGAAUCUUUGCAGUAAUACUAAAUCUAUGCAGCAGUACCAUAUUUAGCCUUCUAAAGUUAUAUGUGUAUGGCCUUACGUGUUUCACCUGGUUCAGCUUGUCACUGUAGGAACUAUAAACUUGGUAAAAUUUAUAAAUAAAAGUUUAGGAAGAAAAAUGUUUUAUGUUUUCAUAAAAAGGGAAAUUCUUUAUUAGAAAACUUGAUUUUUCUAAAAAAAAAAAAAGGCUCCCAGUGUAUACUUUUCUUUGAAAUGUAAAAUACUUCAAUGCAACUUUCUCCCAGAGUGAUCUGAUGUCCUUUUUGUAUCUGUCAGACAUUUAACUUAUAGUUUUCUGUGGCAUUUUAAGGAUAACUACCAGUAAAAUUAUUAAGAAAGUUGUACAUAUUAAAAUUUGGUUUUUGAAUUCAGAGGGCUUCCGUAUCUGUAUCUGAAUCAUUUGUUUAUUUCCUUUUAAGAAUUUUGAACUUAAUGUUUGUUGUAAAAUAUUAGAAUUUUAGUUUGCUUUCAGUUCACAUAGGUUGCUAUCGCCAUGCAUAUUUGUAUAUCCCAUGAUAGAUCAUUAGAUCUGCUUUUAGCUCUUUUUAAAUUAUAAAAAUAAUAGGCAUUUGUGUUUUCAAACUUCCAUAUCAAAUGUCUGUUUCCCUAUAAUUUUCCCUUACUUGUAGUUUGUAAACACUAAGGUACAUAUUUCUCCAAUUACUUUUGGCAUGAUUAGUAAAAAAUACUGAGUUACAACCUCAUAUUGUGUAACUAAAUAUUCUAGUCUUCAUAUCAAGGUAAAUACGUUGGUACUUACCUGGGCAUCCAUAUUUUUCCACGUCUUCUUUAACCCUUUUGUUAAACCAUCAGCAAUGUGUGGCUUAAAUGUUAUUUUCAUUUUAGGUAAAAUAAAGCAUAUUGAAUCUGGA